GGAGGUUGGUGUGCGCGCGGGUGGGGCAGCAGAAAGGCUGGCGACAGCGGCGGUGGAGGAGCUUCCUAAAGAGCCAGAGCGAGGAGCCGCGGACCUGGAAGCAGAGCCGGGGGAAAGGCGCGCUUCAGCCUCUCAGAAACUAGUGAAAGAUGGUGGAUCGCUUGGCAAACAGUGAAGCAAAUACCAGACGAAUAAGCAUAGUGGAGAACUGUUUUGGAGCCGCUGGGCAGCCUCUGACUAUUCCUGGUCGUGUUCUGAUAGGUGAAGGAGUCCUAACAAAGUUGUGUAGGAAGAAACCAAAAGCAAGGCAGUUCUUCUUAUUCAAUGAUAUUCUUGUGUACGGUAACAUUGUCAUUCAGAAAAAAAAAUACAACAAGCAGCACAUCAUUCCUUUGGAAAAUGUGACUAUUGAAUCCAUCCAGGAUGAGGGGGAUCUACGGAAUGGAUGGCUUAUCAAGACCCCAACUAAAUCUUUUGCAGUGUAUGCUGCCACUGCUACAGAAAAAUCUGAAUGGAUGAACCACAUAAAUAAAUGCGUUUCUGAUUUGAUUUCCAAAAGUGGAAAGACUCCCAGUAAUGAACAUGCAGCCGUCUGGGUCCCUGACUCUGAAGCCACUGUAUGUAUGCGCUGCCAGAAAGCAAAGUUUACCCCUGUCAAUCGUCGACACCACUGCCGGAAGUGUGGGUUUGUUGUGUGUGGGCCCUGUUCUGAAAAAAGGUUCCUCCUUCCAAGCCAGUCUUCCAAGCCUGUGCGGAUCUGCGACUUCUGCUAUGACCUCCUUUCUACUGGAGAGAUGCCUGCAUGCCAGCCAGUGAGAUCGGACUCUUACAGUCGGUCACCGAAACCUCCUUUAAACAAUAUAUCUGAUGAUGACGAUGAUGAUGACAGCAGUGACUAAGAAAAUGUCUUGAGGUUAGAACUGGCAUUUGAAUCUCUGUUGCUGUGUGAGGAAGCCAGGCUCUUCAGAGGCCUACCCUAGCCAUAAAAUUGCCUGAAAAAUUGUCAGCUCGAAUGUGCCUCAAUCUCUGAAUUUCCUAGAUAUAGAAUAGUUACUCUCUCUGCAGGGACAGACUUUUGCAAAUAUAUCACUUUCCAGUUUUGUAUACUUGAUUUCCUGUGUAGGGGUGAAUUGGUCUUUUUGCCCUCUCCCUUCUCACUUCAGGAUAGAAAACCAAGUACCUUUUUCUUACCAACAACCAUCCCAUACAGUGAGUAACGGAAAUUGUAUUCCUUUUUAAUAUUGGUAAGGCAUUAAAAGUGCAUAGAACUCAUUUUUUGUAUGUGCAUCAAACUGAACAGAAACCAGGCUUUGAAACUGAUGUUAUACUAUCAUCCUCUUAACAGAUACAUACUUAAAUGUCAUUAACUUUUAUGCAAAGAUUUAUAUACCAAGCAGUGCCUUGUAAUGACUGCACUGUUGCAGGAAGAACUAACAUAUUGUACCCUUUUUGCAAUUGCAUGCCACAAGCUGAGAAAUACCUGGUGCUGUUGACAGUAAUUGCUGUCCUAUAACUAGGAUUUAAGAGGCAGAUGCUUUGGGUACACUACAUUGUGUGUAAGGGUCACAUCACACAAAGGUGUUUCCUUUAAUAUGUCAUGUGAGGAUUGACCCAGCACUGUUAUGGAGUCCGGCUGAGCUCCGCAACAGCAUGGAGCUUCCUUGGCCUUCAUAGAAUGGGGACUGCCCAGUAAAUCCACUUGAAAAAGUUCUAAUUUAAUAUCUUGCUACUCUCAAGUUAGGGGUGAGAAAUUGUUGUAGCUAUGGAGUCUUGGUUAUUGAUAAUUGUAUCUGCUUAGAUCAUGCUAUUUCUUGUACUGUGUUUGAUUUGCUAUUUAUAAAAUUACUUCUACUAACCUUUUUAAACAUUAGGAAUACGGUUAUUAAUAAUUAGAAUUUGUUUUAAAAGCACAAUAUGGGAAUAUGUCCCAACCAGCCAUCUGGGAAAAAAAACUUGCAAAAUGCCCAUCCUGUAUACACAGCUGACCUCGAGAUACAAAUAAACUGCAAAUGACUUAAUUUUAAAUACAUAAAUCCAGGACCAGGAGGGAUAGUGCAAAAAAAGUGUUUUCAAUAAAGUUUUUACCUUUUAACAAUACAUUCUUUUCUACGAUUCUGUCAUUUUUAGAGAAACAUGACAUAUAGCUCUGUGAAGUUUUGAAAAAUCCCAAGACAUAUCUAUAUUUUUAUAUAACUGUAGUACGUUUAAAGGAUUUAUGUAGUAAACCCCUGACAGAAUUGUGUGAGUAAUCUAUAGCACCUGAGAUUUUAUAGAAGUGUUGGAUAUUAUUUGUAAAACAAGAUUAUAGUAUCUAGACAUUUGUUUCUAAAGUGACAGUUUCUGCACUGUUGGGUUCAUCUGGCAAUAACUGGGUGAUAUUUAUUGAAUAAACAAUCAGUUCUCCAUCUUGCACUCGUCUCCCAGUCUGUAAUCUGGUUGCUUUUGCACAGAUGUCAAUUUUAAAAGAAAAUGACAUGAAGGGUACCAUCCAUGUUUAGCAGUCUCCCCUUCCUUUUUAUGUGGUUUGCUUGGGAAUGUGUUGGAGAUAGUGCAACAGUUCCUGCUAUAUUAUUCCUAUCCAGAGUUAAUUGUCCAACUGUAAUUCCCAUAUGUGAAUAAUGUCAACAUGAAAGGAAUUGUGCAUUAAUUGGAUGGCAAUUCAGAAUUGCAGGCAUGCUUACACACUUCACUCAGAACCUUUCUACAAGAAGAUUAUCCCUACAAUAUCUCCAACUGCUCCUUGAGUUUAUUCCCAAAUUCAGGAGUUUGAGGCUUUAACAAAGACUCCCUUUUAAAUCACUCUCACAAUGCUUUGCUUUUGUAAUGUGCAGAAGGAUAUAUUUUUGACUUGCUUUGCAGUAGACAUAAAGAUCUGUAUUAAAGCUGUAGGCCAUGAAAACACUAAGAACCAGAUGGGCAAUAUUGCAAAUUGGUAGCGAGAGAUGGAUGAGUUGAAGGGCUGAGAAGAGUGAUCUUAGGCUGGAAUCUUAGCAAUGCUUAUGCUGGGAGCAAGUCCUACUGAAUACAUUCCAAGUAAAUGAUGGCAAGGCGGCCAUCUUAUGCACACUUCCUUUAGAGGAAGUCCCACUGAAGUUGGUGUGGGACUUUCCUCCAUGUAAAGAGCCAUAGGAGCUGGCUGCAAAUGUAUGCUUUGUCCUCUGAAAGGAUAAAUUAAGGAUCUUCGAGAUGGUAAAGUAUUAAGAUAGAUCUUGAUACAGUUUAGCUUCUUUAUUCUUACCCUUUGCUGUAUAUUAAAUGCUGAAUGUCUUCAUAUAUUAAACGCUGAAUGUCACCGUUAUAUUUCCCCAGUUAUCUUUGUACAUUGCACAAAGGCGUCAGCACUUUCUAACCUUCAUGAAAACUUACCCUCUGUUUGGCUCUCCCCAUCUAUCCCAUCCUUGUCAUUAUCUGUGAAUGAAAUUCACACUAUGCUGCAAUGGAUCCCUGAAGCUGUUACCAAAUUGACAUCUGUAGAAGAAAAUAAUCCUAAAAAUAGGUGUGUGGAAAUAGGAUACCACCUUUGUGACUUGUUCAGAAGUUGUGGAAAAUAAAUGUUUGUCUUACAUGUCUCUCUGUGUUAAACUUUUAAAAGGGCUUAAUAAAUGGUUUUGUAAUUUUG